AUGUGGCUCUCCGAGCCUUGCGUCCACCUUAAGGACAGAGACGAGCAAUGGUGGGCAGCUUACAACGUCCUGUACAACCCUGGCGCGGAACAAGCUUCGAAACAGGGCCGUAUCGACUUCAACGACAUGCCAGACUGGGAUGCUAUACCUCUAGAAAAUAUCCCAGUAGCGUACGAUCUGGUCGUCAUGGCAGAAAAAGAUGCGAGGAUCGCGGAGCUCGAGCAGAACUUGAAGACGACCACCGAAAACAUACAGAGAGCUCAACAGGACCUUGAUGCUGCCACACAGAGCCUACAAGAUAUGACCACAAAGUCACAGAGCCAGCAAGAUCUUCUGUAUACACUUUGGCAGAGAAUUUGUGCAUCGGGAUGUACCGAUACCUACCUGCGCGGUAUGGUCCAGAGAACGGCACCAGAGCUGCUCGAUCUGAAUGAGCAAGACAACUGCAAGACCACGAGAUGGAAGGGCAAGCAGGCAGCAGCAAUCGGGCCUGUAAUACCGAACGACGAACACACUUUCGUACUUGAUUCGACUUUGAGCGGGGUGGAAGAGUCUCCUGGAGACUCCGGCAUAUGGCCAGAUCUGUAG